UAGAAUUAGCUGCACGCCAAUUCCCGAGUUUCACUCCGUUUUCCAUUCCCGAACUCCAUCAACUUAAACACCAAACCCUUUUCAUCACCAUGAAAUCGAAAGCUAUCCUGUUGAAGCAGCUCUUAGUGGUUUAUCUCUUAUUCUCCUUCAUCCUUUUCACUUCGGCAGUUCCUUCAACCAGAAGCCUCAAGUCAAGCGUAGCAGACAUCUCAGUCCCACACUUGGUCCCUGAUCAGGAGGAGGAAUUGGAGGGGGAAGGCUCGGGAAGAGGAUUUAUCAAGGGGAGGAUGGAUUUCGAAACCAAUGAUUAUCCCGAACCAGGUCCCGACCCUGGCCACGAACCUAAAGUCCCCUCGCCUCUGGGGUCACCCUCGCCUCCGGGGUCACCUUAAUGUACUUCGUCUUCAAUCACAUAUAUAAAGUAUAAUUAUAUAUCAAAUAUAUACAAAUAAAUAACUCCAGUCAAUGAUAAGAUCUCAAAUUUCUAUUGGACCUCCUAUAUGAAUUUCGGUUUCUGGUCUAGAAUAUGAUCAAGGUCUGUCAAAUCAGGCCGUUAACAAAAGCCCAACACAAGACGGCCCAAAUGUUUGGGCUGAAUGGCCCAGGCCCAAAGAUAGCGUCGGGAUUCAUCGGAUUGGCUUGUUACAGAA